AUGGAUCUGCUGAGCGACCUCAUCGACAACGCCGAGAAGACCCACUCCAGCCUCGGCAAGCGGCCGGCUCCCUCCAAGCCGCAGCCGCAGGGAGAUGAUCUUUUCCAGGCGCUCGCCCACGCCCUCAGCGCCCUGCACCAGCGGCUGUGCCACGAGCCCGCGGAGGUGCGCUCGAACCUCGAGAUCGAGGUCCGGGUGGGGCUCAUCUCACAGCACGACCGCCUCGAGAGGGCGACUCCGGGCAUCCCGGGGUCGGGAGCCGUGCAGAUGGACUCCGACAUGAUGCGGCAGCGGGGGCUGCGGUUCGUCUCCGGCGUUAGCGCUCCCGCCUUCGACGCCGUCAAGGAGGAGGUCGGGCGGCGGUACGGGGUCGCGGAGCUCGCCAGCAAGGAGGUCGUCUACGUCUACGACUCCGGGCAGAUGCGGGACCAGCGGGUGGUGGCGGACGGGGUGAACCCGCUCCGCUGCGAGCGGAAGGAGGCGCGGCAGCAGGUGAACUUUCAGCUGGCGGCGGCGCAGUACGACCUCCGGGUGCAGGCGUCGCUGGAGCAGCCGGUGCCGCCGGAGGCGGUGCCCGGGCUGCAGCCCGGCAGCAGCGAGCCUCCGCAGGGCUGGUCCGGGAGGAGAACCAAGCGGAGGUUUUCGUUCAAGUCGGACGCGAACACGCCGGAGGACGAGCGGUGGAUCUGGAGGGCGGACCUAACGCUCGUCGAGGAGGACGACGGGAUCAGGAAGGCCGUCGCGGCGGCGUGCGCGCAGCUCAAGAGGCCCACGGGGAAAGGGUCCAGCUUCCCGGGGGCCCAGCCGGUGAACAUGUGCAAGCGCAACGUCCCGGACGUGCAGCGGGGCUCCUACCUCGUCGCUGAGAAGACGGACGGCGUCAGGUACCUCAUGAUGGCCGUCGGCACGGAACGAGGCGCCACCUGCGUGCUGGUGGACCGGUCGAUGAACGUCUUCCGGGUGACGGGGGGCGGGUUCCUGGCCGGGAUCGUCGGGGUCGGCACGAUCCUCGACGGAGAGCUUGUGCACAACCGGACGAUGAAGAAGGCCAUCUUCGUCGCCUUCGACAUCCUGCGAAAUCGGGAACGGAACCUGGUGCCGUGCGGGUUCCUGGAUCGGCUGUCCGUCCUGCAGAAGGAGAUCAUCCCCGCCUACGUGGACCGGGUCCGCGAGGGAGGCGCCGAGGCCGCUCCGGACGGGCACCUGAUGCUCGUCCCGAAGAGGUUCUUCCCGCGGCAGAAGAUCAUGGACCUGUUCCGACAGGUGCUCGUCGAGGGGCAGCACCGCAUCUUCCGCGACGAGGAGCGGUCGCUGCACCACAAGACGGACGGCAUCAUCUUCCAGCCGGACGCGCCCUAUAAGGUAGGCACAGACACGGCCCUGCUCAAGUGGAAGUGGGUCGACCUCGCCUCUGUGGACCUUAGGGCUUACCCGGCAACAGCAGCGGUGGGCGGGGGGGGUGGCGUGCGCCUCUGCUCCGAGGCGGGGAACCACGGCGAGGAGGUGGACCUCUCCAGGACCGUGCACCUCUCCGAGCACGACCAGGCGAGGCUGGUGGCCGACAUGCAGGGCAGCCGGUCGGUGAUCGCCGAGAUGGCGCUAGACCCUGGGUCCGGGCUGUGGGUGUACAUGGGGCUGAGGCCGGACAAGGACCGCCCGAACUUCAUCACGACCGUCAUCUCCACGAUGGUGGAGGUGGCGGAGGGGCUGUCGGAAGAGGAGCUCAAGUACCGGAUGCUGGCGGAAUCGCCAGCAUCCGACGACUGGGCGAGGCAGGAGAUGACGAUGCGAAAGCGCGCGGUGCAAUGGCAGUACAAAAGGAAGUCUACGCAGCCGCAACAGCUUCAGCAGCCGCCACCACCACCACCCCGGUAG